GGUCGAAAGUUCAGUGACAAGCAUGAGUGGGUGGAGGUGUCUGGCAGCAGUGGCAAAAUAGGAAUCACAAAUUAUGCCCAAGAUGCUUUGGGGGAUAUUGUUUAUGCACAGCUACCUGAACUGGAUUCUGAGUUCUCUCAGGGAGAUGAAUGUGGCGCUCUGGAGUCAGUGAAGGCUGCAAGUGAGCUGUACUGCCCGGUGUCUGGGAGAGUAACUGAAGUGAACAGUGCUGCAGAGGACCAGCCUUCUCUCAUAAACAAGAGCUGCUAUGAUGAAGGGUGGCUUUUCAAAGUGGAACUUACCAAACCAGAGGAGUUGGACGGUCUGAUGGACGAGACGGCGUACAAGAACUUCGUACGCUCUUUGACGGACAGCUAGCCACGCCACUGCCUCACAAAAAUACAAAGUCUCGUCCUAAACUUGAUGAAAGUGUGUUUGAUCCCAGAGAUUACUAUUUUUCCCCUAUUAUAUACUGCAUUGUGAACGUGAUAAUCGUGUUAUUCUGAACCAUGCUUGACGUUGAUAGGGCGAAAUAGUCUUUCCGAGUUACCAAGUUUCUGUUCGAAAUUCUUGGGAUUUACAUUUCCUGUAUGCGUGUUUUUACGUAGUUUCCUUCAACACUUGCUCAUAUAGAAGUUAUGCUUUCCAGAAAGAGUUUUAUAAUAUUACUCAUCAGGUUACUCAUAUGACAGAAAGAAUCGAGUUGAGAAGACAUUAUCUUCGGGAAAACUCGUGUGGAAAUAUAGCACCUGUUGGCCAUACAGUCGAGUUAGCGGGAGAAUGCAACUUUAAAGAUGUUUUGAUUGUAAAUGGGUUGUAGUCGCAUUAAAAUAGUGAAUGCAAUUUCUGGAAACUACCAUUGUGUUGGUCAUUUGAAACUUAUCCCGUUUUUAUGAGACUUUUUUGACCAACUACUUUUCUGAAAGAUUGUAUUGUACAGCUACACAUCUGGCAGCGCUCUGCAUGAACAUCACAUCUACACAGUUCGUGCAGAGCGCUGCCACGUUUUGAGACGUGAGUGAGACAAAGGCCUUGUAACCCUAGCUUGUCGAAGUGAUUCCAGUUGAUGGAUUCUCAUAAUAUGCUUUUGUAUUCAGCUGCUUUUGACGUGGCCAGUCUACUUAGUUUCAGAUAAUCACCACCGGAACAUUCAGCAAUUGAUGUAUGGACACUUUGUUAUUAACUCGUGAAAUACCUUCUUAUUAUGUAUGUUCUGUUACACGUGUUAUUGUCACCGUGCCAUUCAUGUGGGGCCGUAUAAUCAAUGCAGCGCGCAAUUAUCUUAGACUUUGUUGCUUUGUUUUACCAACUUGGGCGUUGGCUGUCCGGGAGAUGGUGCUACCUCAUAAUAAAUGAGACCUGUU